UCGAAUGGGCGGUCUUGAAAAGCCUCCCUCACCUCAUACGGUGGUAUUCGUCUCAUGAACAGGCGGAUGCGGGAGCAAAGUUGCACACCCAACUCAUAUUGGUGAACACGUGUGUUAGUUGGUAUCCACCAUGUGAAGCCGGCUUCUAAUCCAUCACUCGGGGGGGCUUGCAUCUUUCUCCGGAGGGCUGCGGGUAGGGCUGCCACUCUACUCUGUACCCUUGAAUGGACUGAGUCUGGUAGGGCCAUUUUGUGACCAGAGAUAUUGAAUGACAAUGAAUGAACCAACUGGUCACAUUUGCCCUCGCCAGCUCGGCCUGGCUCGUCGCAGCCAGACCAGGGGCUCUCAUUGUCCAUUAUCCGAACAAAUGCUUGCCAACCCACUCAGCUGAACGAGAAAUGUUCCUUGGAUCCAUACUCCGGACACUUGCUUCUGAUAGUGCGGACACUAGAUCGACCGGAACCUCAGGGGUGAAGAGGCGAAUGUGGCAGUGGAUUGGCGAUUCUUCUACCAUUUGCCCAAUCUGCCUACUUGUUUCAACUCCCCUGUCCAGGUCCAAGAACGCCCACAGCACCUUACAACAUCGCAGCAGACGACCUCAUCGACUCUGGUUUUAUUUCUGUUUUAGUCAAACUCAAGGGCGGAAUUUCCACGAUGGUGAGUAUGGACUGCGAGUAUUUUUAUCGUUUGCAAAUCCUGUCUCAAAUGACAGGCAUCCGUGGAGUAUUGGCCUGGCCAGCUGUGUCAAGCCACCUGCAGCCGCGGCUUAUCAAGAACAAAUUAUUGUUUUGCAUCUGAGACUUUGGUUGCUUUUCCCUCUGAUUUUCGGAGGGGCACUUUGCUAUGGUGACCUUCUAUUCGUCUUUGCGUCAUGUAUGUCUUCAGCCGUAACUAGUCGCCAAGGAUAAAAAUAAUCACACCCUCGCAUGGCCACCAAGACUCUUUGCCGUUUCUAUUCGGUCUCCCCAUUUCUUAUUAAACAUCUAUUUCCCCAUCAAUCGUCACCAACCU